AUGCAUUUCACCACCACCGCCACCCUCGCCCUCGCCGCCUCCGGCACCUCCCUCGCCAAACCGCUCAACUUCACCAGCCAGAUAUUCGGCCUCACGGCCUUUGGCUCCCAGCUCGAUGGCUGGGCGGUCGUGAACGCCCACGUCGGCGCUGGCCAAGACGCCGUCAUCAUCCAGCGUCCUUCCGCCUACACUCCAGACAAGGCUGUUCUUACGGGCACCGCUGGGUCGAUCAAGAGCGGUUUUGAGGUGUUAAACUUUCACCCCAACCAACCCAUCAGCAUGAUCAUCCCCUCCUCCCCCGACGGCGUGCUUUCGCAGGUCUUCUCCGAGUACGGCGACGCCAGCGCCGUCUUCUCGGUCAACGCGCAGAACGAGCUAGUCGUCGCGGCCGCGGGGACGACUUUCUUCGCUUGCCCGACGGAGGUUGGCGGGUUGGGCAAGGUGUUUGGGUUGUUCUUUGGGACCGAGGUGCCGCCGAAGGUUAUUAAGAAUAAGGCUUGUAAGCCGAUCUCGCUUAGGGCUACUGUUGUGUAG